GCAAUGGUAGGAACACUUACUGCUUUUGACAGUCAGACCCAAACAUGGGAGGAAUAUGUAGAAGUGUUGGGACAUUUUUUCGUUGCCAAUGGGAUCGGGGAUGAGGAAAAAAAGAGGGCAAUAUUGUUAAGUUCUGUGGGUAGUCGGACAUACAGUUUAAUGAGGAACUUAUUGAGCCCGAAAAAGCCUGGUGAAAAGUCAUAUAAGGAUUUGACUGACCUGCUGCAGUCACAUUAUAACCCGAAGCCAAGUGAAAUAGUCCAAAGAUUUAAGUUCAAUUCGAGGACUAGAGCAGCGAAUGAAACUGUGAUAGAGUAUGUGGCGGUGCUACGAGAGCUCGCUCAACAUUGUAACUACGGCGAUAAAUUGAAGGAGAUGCUACGCGACAGGGUCGUGUGUGGCAUAGCGGAUGAUCGCAUGCAGAGGAGAUUGUUGGCGGAGCCGGAGCUCACAUUUGAAAAAGCUUUGAAAGUGGCGUUGGCUAUGGAGACAGCAAAUAGGGAUGUGCGUGAUUUGCAACUGAAAACAUUGGAGGGCACCGUGAGUACAACUGCAUCACAAAUGUCAGUGCAUAAUGUGGAGUCAAACCAGAGGGGGUCAGGGAAGGCAAACCCAUUGACCUGCUACAGGUGUGGGGGUGGACAUAUGGCAAGAGACUGUCGUUUUAUCAAUGAAAAGUGCCAUGCUUGUGGGAAAAGGGGACAUUUGAAGAGAGUGUGCAAGUCCUCACCUUUUGCAGACCAGAGUUUUAAGGGGGGAGGAAAAAACAAGCAGUCUGUAGGAAAUUUCAGAAAUGAUAAAAAGCAGUGGGCGCAUCACAUAAGGGAAUUUCCAGAGAAUGUCACUAGUGAUGAAGAUGUAUUUACGAUGUAUAGUCUAACAGAGCCAAAGUUAAUGAAAGUAGACCCCAUUACUGCAGAGCUUAACAUAAAUAAGAACAUUGUGGAAUUUGAAGUGGAUACUGGUUGUAGUGUGACGAUUUUGUCAAAGGCUGAGUAUGCCAAGUUAUGGACCGCAGGGGGUGCCCGAGAGUUGCAGGACUGCUCAAUGACUUUGAAAACCUACACGGGUGAAAAAGUACCAACAUUAGGAGCGGCUGAUGUGGUCGUAAAGUACAAAGGCCAAGUCAAACAGCUACCAGUAGUGGUUGUAGCGGGGUCAGGACCAAAUUUUUUAGGCCGGGCAUGGAUAAAGGAGCUGGGAAUGAACUGUGUUCGUAUUAAUAAGAUGGAGCAGCCAGAAUUGACAUUGCAGUAUGUGCUAAGGCAGCAUGAAGAGGUUUUCAAGGAGGAACUGGGUACUUGGAGAGGCCCACCAGCGAAAAUUUAUGUUAAAGAAGGCGUGGCUCCUAAGUUUUAUAAACCCAGGCCUGUGCCCUAUGCGAUGAGGAAGAAGGUGGAAAUGGAGUUAGAGAGACUUAUGAACCAGGGAAUUAUUGAGCAAGUGAAAUUCCCAGAGUGGGCAGCCCCGAUUGUGCCGGUGUUAAAAGCUGAUAAUUCGGUGCGCAUUUGUGGAAACUACAAACUCACUGUCAACCAGGUGUCGAAGCUCGAACAGUAUCCAAUACCGAGAUUGGAGGACUUGUUUGAGAAGAUGUCAGGCGGUGAAAAAUUCAGUAAACUGGAUCUGAGCCAUGCGUAUCAGCAAGUACUACUGGAUGAGACAUCCAAGCCAUAUGUCACCAUUAAUACGCAUCAGGGUUUGUUCCAGGUGAACCGGUUGCCAUUUGGGGUUUCCUCCAGUACAGCCAUAUUCCAACGAUUGAUGGAGAGUCUGGUGGGCGGCAUCCCGAACGUGGCUGUCUAUUUAGACGACAUUUUGCUGACGGGCCAGAGUGACCAAUGUCACCUUACAACACUGAACCAGGUGUUAACGCGGCUGCAGGAAGCUGGUCUUCGCCUAAAGCGUAACAAAUGUGUGUUCCUGGAGCAGGAAGCAGAGUUCCUGGGUUAUAAGGUGGAUGCUUCUGGACUUCAUCCUUUGCCACAUAAGGUCCGGGCUAUACAAGAAGCACCAGCACCGACCAAUGUCACAGAACUGAGAGCGUACCUGGGUCUGCUGAACUAUUACAACAGGUUCCUGCCCCACCUGUCAACCUUGUUGGCACCUUUACAUGAACUGUUAAGGAAGGGAACCACUUGGAAAUGGGAGGCAGAGCAAGAGAACGCUAUUGAGGUGUCUAAGCGACUCAUGCAGUCAUCGGAUGUGUUAGUGCAUUAUGACAGUCAAAAAGAUCUGAUCCUGUCCUGUGAUGCGUCUCCUUAUGGAGUGGGCGUGGUGUUGUCGCAUCGCAUGCCCAAUGGCCAGGAGAGACCGAUCAGUUUUAUGUCGAGGACACUAACGUCAGCUGAAGCAAAUUACUCCCAACUGGACAAAGAAGGUCUGGCGGUGAUAUUUGGCGUUCAACGUUUUCAUAAAUAUUUAUAUGGACGAAGGUGCACUGAUCAUAAACCGUUACUGUCUCUCUUCAAUGAGAUGAAGGCUGUGCCUCAAAUGGCUUCCCCUCGUAUACAGAGGUGGGCAGUAACCUUGAGAGCAUAUGAGUAUGAGAUUGUUUACAAACCGGGGAAACAUCAUAGCAAUGCUGAUGCGUUGAGUCGACUCCCUUUACCUCAACAGGCUGUCAAGAGAGGACAGGAGGAACGAGUGCUGAUGAUGGAGAAUGUGACCCUCGUCUCGGCAGCUGCAAUGAGGAGAUGGACCGGCCGAGAUCCUGUGUUUUCCAGAGUGGCGCAGUUCCUCCAACAUGGUUGGCCGUCUCAAGACCGGGACCCAGCUUUUCAACUGUAUGCUGUUAGGCAAACAGAGUUAAGUGUGCAAGAUGGGUGUGUACUGUGGGGUUCACGCAUAGUGGUGCCGUCACCAGGCCGGGAUGCUUUGAUACAUCAACUUCAUCACAGUCAUAUCGGCAUCACUAGAAUGAAAGCAUUAGCGCGAAGCUAUUUCUGGUGGCCCAAGUUAGAUGCCGACAUUGAAGCUGUAGUUAAAAGAUGUGUUGUAUGCCAAGAACACCAUAAUUUGCCAGCUCCAGCACCACUUCAUCCCUGGGACUGGCCGAGCAAACCAUGGCAAAGGUUACACAUUGAUUAUGCGGGACCAUUCAUGGGACACCUGUUUUUGAUCCUGAUGGACGCUCAUUCCAAAUGGAUGGAUGUUUAUCCUGUAACAACCUCAACUUCAGCCAUUACGAUUGAGUGUCUCCGGAAGAGUUUUAGCAAUCAAGAACUUCCAGAAACAAUUGUGUCCGAUAACGGCUCAUGUUUUGUGAGUGCCGAAUUCAGAGAGUUUAUGCAGAAAAAUGGAAUCGAACACAUUACUUCUGCUCCUUAUCGUUCCUCCAAUGGUUGUGCUGAACGCACAGUCCAGACAUUUAAGUCAAUGAUGAAGGCGGCGGGUGCCGGAAGCCUGAUCACUAAAGUGUCAAGAGUGCUGUUUAGUUACCGCAUUACACCACAGUCCACCACUGGGCUGUCGCCUGCUGAAAUGUUACAAGGCAGGAAGUUGAGAUCAACCUUAGACCUAAUUCGUCCGGACUGCAGAAGGAAGGUGGAACGGAAGCAGUGUAUUCAAAAGAAACAUCAUGACAAGCAAGGUUUAGGGAGGAGUUUCCAGGAAGGAGACGCCGUGAUCACGAAGAAUUUUAGUCAUGGACCUAAGUGGAUUCCUGGGUUCAUUGCCAAGAUCACAGGUCCUGUCUCCUAUAAGGUAAUGCUAGGAGAUGGUAACAUUGUGCGCAGGCACGUUGACCAGAUAUUAGCAAGUUCGGAAGACAAGGAUUUGGUAGAACCGGAAAUCAUGGAACCUAUGGAACCAGGGAACCAGCCGUUGUCUGAAUCGGCAGCUGCAGCUUUUGCAGCGCCAGCGAGUUCCAUUCUGGAGGAAAGCUGUUUGGUUCCAGAAGCAGACACUGAGGGUGUGGCAAGGCCUGUUUUGGAACAGGCCAAAACAUCAGGGCUGGAUAUUCAACCUCCAGUUACUCAAACGCAGUCACAGUCUUUGACUGCCGUGGUACGAAGGUCGUCGAGACCUGUAUCCAAGCCCCGUUAUUUAAAGGACUAUGAGUGUUAA